UCCUUCCCUCCCUCCCUCCCUCCCUCCGCUUCUUCCCAGCCGAGGGAGGUCAGCUCCUCCUCCGCCCUCCAUCACUUGGCUGCAGCCCUGGCCAGGGAGGAAGCAAGCAAGCAAGCAAGCCUGGGCUGCCAUCUCCAGGAGGAGGAGGAGGAGGAGAGGGGGAGGAAGGAAGGAAGGAAGGAGCGAGCCCCUGCAGAGCCAGGGGAGAGGAGGAAAAGUCCAGCAGCAGGAGGAGCAGAAUCCCCGCAGGAAUGCCAGCCAGGAUGGCUCAGGCACCUCCAAGUUACUCUUUCGUUGCAUUUCCACCUCAUACGAAAGAUGGCCUCGUAAUAGUGGGGAAAAAUUCUGCACGGCCCCGGGAUGAGGUAGAAGAAGUAGUUUACUUUGCUGCUGCUACCCAUGAUCCAGGAUGCAAAGUUGAGUGCACAUACAUUGAAAUUGACCAGGUCAGCAGAACAAAUGCCAUUGCAUUGAGCAGACCUUCCUGGCUAUGGGGGGCAGAAAUGGGAGCCAAUGAGCAUGGAGUCUUCAUUGCCAAUGAAGCCAUUGUAACCAAAGAGCCGGCCUCGGAAACAGAAGCCCUCCUAGGAAUGGAUCUUGUCAGGCUUGGUCUAGAAAGGGGUGCAACAGCUAAAGAAGCCUUGGAUGUAAUUGUUUCCCUCUUGGAAAAGCAUGGGCAAGGUGGAAAUUAUUACGAAGAUGGGAAUUCGUGCCAUGCGUUCCAGAGUGCUUAUCUGAUUGUAGACAGGAACGAAUCUUGGAUACUGGAGACUGUUGGGAAAUACUGGGCAGCAGAAAAGAUUACAGAGGGAGUAAAAUGCAUUUGCAACCAGAUUUCCUUAACCACAAAAAUUGAUGCAGAGCAUCCUGAGCUUAGGAGUUACGCAGAAAGUCAAGGAUGGUGGACCACAGAUACAGAGUUCAACUUUGCUCAAGUGUUUUCUCAAUGUGAUAAUCAUUCAGAUUGUUGUUUGGGGAAGGACAGCCUAGAAAAGCAAGAAGGCAGCAUCACUGUGCAAACAAUGAUUGAUGUCUUGCGUGAUAAGUCUGGUGGUAUAUGUGUGGAUUCAGAAUAUUUUCUUACUACUGCAAGCAUGAUAUCCGUAUUACCUCAGAAUCAUAGUUCCCCAUGCAUCCAUUAUUUCACAGGCACACCUGACCCAUCAAGGUCCAUAUUUAAGCCUUUCAUCUUUGUUGAUGAUGUGAAAUUAGUACCAAAAAUUCAGUCUCCUUGUUUUGGUAGUAAUGAUCCUGCAAAAAAAGUUCCCCGGUUCCAGGAGAAACCAGAUCGGAGACAUGAACUGUACAAAGCACACGAAUGGACCCGAUCAGUCAUGGAGAAUGAGGAGGAUAAAGGUGAAAAACUAAGAGCAACCAUGUUGGACCUUGAAAGGCAAGGACUGGAAGCAAUGGAGAGCAUCCUAACCAGCUCAGAGAUUCUUGAUCCUUCUGAAGUUGUGGACCUUUUCUAUGACUGCGUUGACACAGAAAUUAAAUUCUUCAAGUGAAGUGAGUCCUUUUCAUACUUCCAUCUUCAUAUUCUGACAUCAACAACUAUUGUUACAAACAUAAAUAAUCUUAGAUGCUUAGUUUGAUUCCUCUGCACCUCAUUCCUAAAUCUGCACUCACUUCAUGAGCAGUGCUCCAUUUUUUGACAAUGACGUGAAUGAGAAUCCCAUCUUUUUUUUCAUUUGUGAAUGUUUUGUUAAGUCUCCAAAUGAAUUUGGACAUUUCUACAUACACAUAUUCAUCCUACAUUUAGAACUGUGUUUGAAAUAAACAGUAAAUACUAAAGUUUUACUUUUUUCUCAUUUCAGUGAUCAUAGACACUGUUAGCUUUUGCAUAGAAGACCAUAAAGUUCUUCAGGCCUUGAAAGAUAAUCUUGCCAUAUUGUUGAAUUUGGGAGGAAAUUGUCAUCUUUCUAGAGAGAUGUUCCUCAGAACUGUAUCCAGUUAACACAUUCCUUUCCCUUCCCUUCUCCCUGUUAUGUGUUGUCCUCUGUGUCUUGUCACAUGAAAGCAUUCACUGACUGGUUCAAUCAUGGUAUGCAUGCUGGCUAAUGUAAUGCAGAAUGCUUUAAGUCAUUCAGUCAAGAGAACUUAAAGCAAUGAAAAAGCAGAGUCCAUAAUAUUGCAUUUCAAAUUCGGCAAUUCCCCAGGAGAAUUUCCUUUCCAACUUUUAUUAAAAAUCAAGAUUGGAAAAAAAAUGUACCAGAUGCAUGUGUGUUCCAAAAGAAUAUUUUUACAAAGAAGUAAUGAGUUUUAAAACAGCCCCUUGCUUAUAACUUUUAGCAAAGGAAUACCGCCUCGCUUGUUCUAAUUUUAGGUUAACUGAGCUUUGUAGAUCUUUAAAAAUUAGCAGUUGUCUCACUUGCUUCUGCCUCAAGCCCCCCCCCCCUUUUUUUUGAGCAUCAAGCAGUGCAGGUUAUGUUUACAUAAUCAAUUUUCCCUAAGUGCAUUUUUGAAGUAUAUAUAUAAUGACUGCAAUUUUCCCCAAGUAUUUAGAGAGGGAGAGAGAAAGAGGUUUCCUUCUGAAGGAAAAAUCAACAGCAAGAAUUUGUCUGCAGGCAGCAAGCUAAGAAUGGUCAGAAUUAGUGCUGCUUGUUUAUACCUUAGAUUAGAACAAUCUACUCAGCUGGUACAUCAGUGUUACAACUGAACUGACAUAACAUAUUAAUGUAUUUGUACCUAUGCUAUUUCCACAUAGUUUAAUAAAGACAUGGUCACAACAUAGCUCUAAGAUUGGGGGAACUUCAUUUCAAAUGGAUUCCCAUGAUUCUGUGGCAAAUCCAUCACAGAGGCUCUCUAUAUGAACUACUAGGGUGAUUGACUGGAGCUACUGCAUUUCCCAGCAGCCUCUUUGUGAUAUCCUUCUCCUUGAAACCUCCCCUAUAGAAACUAUUGAUGUUACGAAGGCAGAAGAAACACAGAUAAGGGCCUUAUCCUUGUCAGGAAGGGGGCUGAUUAUAAGGAUUCCCACUUUUACUGGUCAGUAUUGUUCCUGUGAUCAAACUCUGGUUCUUGGUUGUUCCUUCAUAAGGAUUCUUGCCUUUCUGUCUCUCUCUAAAAAUGCUGUCACAGAAUCCCUUCCCUCAAGCUGUAACUUUUCAUAGGAGUGAAGUUUCCUGUUGGUGUCAACUUGGAGACAUUAUUUUUGGCAGGCUCCACCACAAAUCAUUAUGCGGUGAGUUUAGCAACAGCUGUAUGCAUCUGUGUCUACCCUUAUUCAAUAACAUUUCACUGGAAUGUCAGGAGCCUGUUUGUGUGGCUAGUCAGUAAGUGUGUAGGAGGUACAGGGUGCUCAUUCCAACCCUGGCCUUACUAUCUCUUUGAGUGAGGAGGUUCAUUCAGAUGAAGGCACUUAAAACACAUUAUGUUUAGCUGGGAUCGUAAUAAUGCAGGUUUCUUGGUUGCACAGGACAUUUAACCAUGUUCCCUGCAAACCCCACAUGAAGGUCUUCAGUCCUUUGGCAACAAGGACACUAAGGACUCAUAUAUGUGAUUCAACUAGCCUUGUUUCACAGCCAUGUAAUGUCUUCACUGUGUAUCUUACAAGUGCUAGUUGGGAAGGUAGUAACUUUCUGUAAGCUUAUUUCUGUCUGAGAGUUCAUUACAUAGCUGUAUGACUUCACAGUUGUACAACAAACUUGAAAUGUAAAUGUGAAAUAUACAUACACAUGCCUUUUCCUCUAAUAGGAAACCAAAUGGACUAAUCCACAGGCAUUAUGAAAUUUGAAUUGAUCUGUUAAAUUGAAUGAGGAUAAAUGUAACAUCCCCUCAAUUUUGUAUCUUGAUCCAUUCCAUUUUCCUCGUGUGCUUUGCUUUCUAUCAAAUGUAUCUAGAUUACAUCCAAGUUCAGUUUUCUCUUAGGUGAAAUGUAGAGUCUUUGCUCUAAAUUGUGAUGAGAAAAAUGUGGUUCUCUUAAUGUUGCUGGAGUACAAUUUCCAGCAUCCCAAGCCAACGGGGGGAGUUUCAGUCUAACAUUUGGAAGACAACAUAAUUCCCAGUCCUGCUCUACUGCCAUUGUAUUUGAGUUCUUAAAAAACAAAAAACAACCAAGGUAUAUAGUGGUAGAUGGGAUGAAAUAACCACGAAUAUGAAGAUGUUAAAUAAAUGUGAUCAGAACUGAGAACUGAUGCUGCUGCUCUUGUAGUUCAAACACAUCAGAAUUUUGUAUCAUCAAGUUAACUGCACCAUUAUAACUGUUCUUAAGCUGUUUUGAAGCAAAGUGUACUCUGUUAUGGAAUGACACAUAUAACUAAUUAGUAAAUACAAUUUUUGAAAGUGAUCCAGGCAGUUAAGGAGGAUGGCUCCUUCUAUAUGUGCUUCCACUUAUUUGGAGAGUCAGCCUUUUUCUCUUGGUUUUUCUGGGAUAUCAUCAUGAAGCCCAUGUAAAUGCAAAUGUGAGACAUUCAAAGGCAUUUGAACUUAAGGGGACUUUGUGAACAUAAGGUGUGGAGGCAAGCAAUGGGAAGCUGUCUUCUGUAAAAUAAAAUGUAAUGUUUAUAAGCUAUUUCAGGUAUGCCACAAAAUUUGGUCACACCUGUCUCCCCCAGGUAAUACAGAAAUGUCCAGUAUCCACUUGAAUCAAAAUUCGCAAAUCUUUGUUUACAUAUUUCUUGUGGAAACUAGUAUGUAUGAAGAGUUUGUAUUAUCUAGGAUUGAUGUCUUAGUAGGGCAAUGCUGAUUGACAAAACUAAUAAAAUGGUUUCUGCACAGAAUGAA